AGGAAAUCUUGUUUCAAAUGUGAGAUUACAAAAUUUCAUUAUUGAGUCUUUGAAAUCGAUUGGUGACAAAGAUGAGAUUGUGAAGCUACUAUUGAAUAAUGGCUUCAAGUUAGACAUAAAAGAGGUAGACGAUACAACCACAAAUUCUUUGACCAAUAUCAAUUGGAGAUCCUUCCAAGCUAAAAUAACAGAUCGUGAAGUAUCUCAUCUAAUAGAAUUGGCCGAAUCAGUUGAGAUCUCGAAGUUGUCUGAUUACAGCAGCAAACUACUAUAUUGGGAGGAUGCCUUGUCUAAACAAG